ACUGCUCGGACGCGGAGCGAGAAGCUGAGAGUCGGAGACGCUAUCCGCUUCCAUCCGUCGCGCAGACCCUGCCGGAGCCGCUGCCGCUAUGGAUGAUCGGGAGGAUCUGGUGUACCAGGCGAAGCUGGCAGAGCAGGCCGAGCGAUACGACGAAAUGGUGGAAUCAAUGAAGAAAGUAGCAGGAAUGGAUGUGGAGCUGACAGUUGAAGAACGAAACCUUUUAUCUGUUGCAUAUAAAAAUGUGAUUGGAGCCAGAAGAGCAUCCUGGAGAAUAAUCAGCAGCAUUGAACAGAAGGAAGAAAACAAGGGAGGAGAGGACAAACUAAAGAUGAUUCGGGAGUACCGGCAAAUGGUUGAAACUGAGCUCAAAUUAAUCUGUUGUGACAUUCUGGAUGUACUGGACAAACACCUCAUUCCAGCAGCUAACACUGGCGAGUCCAAGGUUUUCUAUUAUAAAAUGAAAGGGGACUACCACAGGUAUCUGGCUGAGUUUGCCACAGGAAAUGACAGGAAGGAGGCCGCAGAAAACAGCCUCGUGGCUUACAAAGCUGCUAGUGACAUUGCCAUGACAGAACUUCCUCCAACGCACCCCAUUCGUUUAGGUCUUGCUCUCAACUUUUCCGUAUUCUACUAUGAAAUUCUUAAUUCCCCUGACCGUGCCUGCAGGUUGGCAAAAGCAGCUUUUGAUGACGCUAUUGCAGAACUGGACACGCUGAGUGAAGAAAGCUAUAAGGACUCUACGCUUAUCAUGCAGCUGCUACGUGAUAACCUGACGCUUUGGACCUCAGACAUGCAGGGCGAUGGUGAAGAGCAGAAUAAAGAAGCGCUGCAGGAUGUGGAAGAUGAAAAUCAGUGAGACGUACUAAAGCCAACAAGAGAACACAUCUCUGAUCACCCUCCCUCCCCACCCUCCCCUUGGAAGUUCCCCAUUGUCACUGAGAACCACCAAAUUUGACUUUCACAUUUGGUCUCAGAAUUUAGGUUCCUGCCCUGUUGUUUUUCUUUCUUCCUCUUUUUUUUCUCCCCUCCCCCCUUUUUUUUAAACAAACAAACAAACAAACAAACAGUUUUCAGAAGUUCUUAAAGGCAAGAGUGAAUUUCUGUGGAUUUUACUGGUCCCAGCUUUUAGGUUCUUUACGACACUAACAGGACUGCAUAGAGGCUUUUUCAGCAUUACUGUAUUGUCUCCAGCCACACGGGCAAGAUCAUCAAUAGAAAUGGAAAUGACAUUUGAAAGCCAUUAGACUUCUAGGUGAUGCAUCUAAGAAAGAUUAAUCACAUGAUAGAGGCGCAUAUGUGCUGUCAUUUUUCCUUUUUUAAUUGUUUAAAUUGAAUUUUAUACCAAUGUUUAAACUUAAUUGGAUAUUAGCUUGAGAUGUUUUGGGGGAGUUUGUUAUAAUGGUUUUGCUGUCAAAUGUGUUUGGAACUCUGCUGAAGUGUUGCUGAAAGGCAUGGUGCUGGUAACAGUUCAACAAUCCGUGGCUGCUCAUUCUUGCCGACUCCUCCCCCUCUGAAGCAGGUUAGCAUUGAAGGUGGUAUGGAAGCCUGCAUGCGUGUUCAACUCUCUUCCUUUCCCCUCGCUCCUUAGCCUCCUUCCCUCUUCCUCCUCUUCCGCUCGCUCAACCUCUUUUGUUCAGUAUGUGUAACUUGAAGCUAAUUUGUACUACUGGAUGUCUGACUGGAGCCACAGAUGCAGCAUCUGUAUUGUUCUUACUGAAACACAGCAUGGAAUUAACAUUAAACUUAAAUAAAACAAA